GCAGAUGUUGAUGUCAAGGAAUGUAAGCAGCUUCUGCAGGGGUACAACUGACAGUAGAAUUACAGAUGGUUGAGUCUCAGUAGAGCAUGGAGGUCAGUACAGAGGACACUCAUUACCCUAAAGGAGACCCCGUUGGCUUUGAGGACAAUCAUGUUAUGACUGCACAAGAACAACCAAUGAAUGAGGUGCCAGAGAAUGAAGCUCUGAUUCCCAGGCACCCCACAGAUAGGAUUUUUUUUAUUGAUUUAGCCAAUAAGCAUCUGAAAACCAUCUCAGCAGAGGUCUUCCGCCUAGAGGAUCUGGAAGAGCUGCACGUGGAGAAGAACCUGAUAGUAAACAUCCCCAAAGAAAUAAAACUCCUGAAGAACAUGAAGGUUCUCUACUUGGAUCACAAUCACAUAAGGGACGUAUGUGAAGAGCUGGGGAUGUUGAAAAAUAUUCUGAGCUUAGAUUUAAGUAACAACCCCCUCUCUUACAGCUCUCUGCUGGUUAUCAGCAGCUUGCAGUCCCUUCAUCAGCUCAGGCUCUAUCAAAUAAACUUGUAUGAAAUCCCAGUGCAGAUCUGCAAAUACCUCCAUCUCAUCGAACUUCUUGGCCUUUCUGACAAUAAUCUACAGUGUCUGCCAAAAGAAAUAGUGAACCUGAAAAAACUCAAGGAAAUUUACCUCAGAAACAACAGAUUUGAAAAUUUCCCCAUCGAGCUUAGUAAAAUUGUUAGUUUAGAAAUAAUAGAUCUGGAACAAAACCUAAUCAGUCACAUCCCAGAAGAGAUAGGCUCUUUGACAAACUUAGUCAAGCUAUUCUUAGCUUCUAAUAAGUUAUCCUCCAUUCCUCCCACGCUGCGACACUGCCAGAAGCUGGCAGUGCUGGAUCUGUCUCAUAAUCCCCUGCACAAGCUUCCCCCAGUUCUGAAGAAUCUCACUGGAAAGAGAGAACUCGGCCUGUCUGGUAACAGCCUGGAGGAGCCCCCAGCCCAGACAGGCUCCUGGGCAUCACUUACCCAUGUUUAUCUGAGGAACACCGGACUGCACAAAGUACACAGGUCCUUCACCAGGCUAACCAGUAUCAGGGUACUCGACCUGAGCGAAAAUUGCUUUGAUGAAAUUCCUAAAGGGAUAUGCUCCAUGAAAAACCUGGAAAUAUUGAACCUGGAUGACAAUCAAAUACAGGAGAUACCAGCAGAAAUACAAGAACUGACAAAUUUAAAAUGCCUCAGCCUGUCCCAAAAUCAAUUCAAUAGCUUUCCAAUGGAGAUCCUUCUCGUGGAGUCAUUAGAGAAAUUAUAUCUGGGACAAAAUAAAGGAAUUAAACUGACAAGUCUGCCAGAAGAUAUCAUCAAAUUGCAGAAUCUGAAAGAACUGCAUAUAGAGAAUAACGGUCUGGAGCGCCUGCCCCCAGCUGUUGGCUCACUGACACACCUGAAAGUACUUGACUGUCACAACAAUCUGCUUAAGAAGCUCCCAGAGUCUCUAGGCCAAAUACAAGGGAGAAUGCAGGAAUGCUUUGCAUCAUUCCUGUCCUUUGUGUCGCAGCUGUCUGCUUUUGUGUGCUCAGGUUUGCAGAAACUGCUCGUUCAGAACAAUCAGCUGUCCCGGCUGUCUGAGCGUUUGGGCAGCCUGAAGCAGCUGCAGGUGGUCCUCGUGGAUGGGAACCCUAUGACAGACCCUCCCAUUGAAGUGUGCCGUCACGGGACAACUGCUAUCCUGCAGUACUUACAGCAAAAGAGUCUUAAAAAAGCCAAGGCUUCAAAGAUCCGAAAGAUGUGGCGUGAGCUGAUUACUAAGGAGGUCACACCUUUCAUGGCAUCUGAUAGUAUGGCAAACAGUAAAAAGGAAAAGAAAGGAAAAGAAAAGGGAAAACAGAAGUCUGGAAAAGAAACAAAAGCCAAAAAGUGAUUCCUGUGCAGUAAGCUGAACAGAACCUUGUCAGCUGCAAGAAGAGAGAAGUGAGUACCAAGCAAACAGCAUUAAAGCAUUCGGAUCAAUGAA